AUGGCGGGCACCGUCUACGUGCUCGAUAAUUAUUAUCUUGCCAUAACAUUACUCAUCACGAUCGCAUAUCAGCUGUUCUUCUUCUCCAUAGCCUUCUAUUUCAAGUUCGACAAGCUAACCGACUUCGCCCUCCUCGCCAUCCUAACCCUCGCCCUCAGCGGCCACCCCAGCACGCGCCAGGUCGUCGCCUCGCUCUUCAUCACAGUCUGGGCCCUGCGGCUGUCGGGCUUCCUGCUCUUCCGCAUUAUCAAGACGGGCAAGGACGACCGCUUCGACGACAAGCGCGACCGCUUCUUCCCCUUCCUCGGCUUCUGGGUCUUCCAGAUGGUAUGGGUGUGGACCGUCUCCCUGCUCGUGACGGUGCUGAACUCGCCUGACGUCCGGCGCUACCCCGAGGCGCCGUUUGGGACUGGUCGGGACGUCGCGGGCGUGGUCUUGUUUGCGAUUGGGUUCGUCGUGGAGAGCGCGAGCGAUGUGCAGAAGUUCGUUUUCAGGGCGCGGAAUGAUAAGGGGGCUGUUGGUGAUAAGGGUUUCUUUGCCUACAGUCAUCAUCCGAAUUACUUUGGCGACAUCAUCACCCAGUUCUCCAUCUACAUGAUCUGCGUCUCAGCUGCCGCCGAUGGCUAUGUCGGCGGCCAAGCCUUCAAGGCGUUGUACGCCACCAUCGUAGGCCCCUUCUUCCUGACCAUCCUGCUCAUGUUCGUCUCCGGUCUACCCCUGUCGGAGCAACCUGGCGCGAAGAAGCGGUAUGAGAAGGGCCUGAACUGGGAAGGCUACCAGCACUACCUGAACCGCACAAGCAUAUUGAUUCCAUUUCCACCUCAGAUAUACGGCCGACUGCCUACGCUUAUCAAAAGGACGGUCUUUCUCGAGCUUCCGAUGUACGUCUUCGACCCUGCGAAGCAUUCAGACGUCGCCAGGGAACCGGGAGUUGCAGAAGACGAUCGCGAUGGGGCACCGGCUGCAGCGACGCGCCAAAGCGGAGAGCCCUUGACGGGCAAGAGCUGA